AAUUUCUUUGCAGCUGCAGCUACAGAGCUGAAUAGCUGGAAAGGAAGCAAAGAGAGGAGAGAGAGCCUGGAAGCUAUUCUCCUGAUUUAAAAACAAAACAAAACAAAACAAACAAAAACAACAACAACAAAAACAAAAAACAAAACAAAACAAAAAACCCACCUCACUUUUCCCCCUCAAGUGCGCAGAUCUAAAGCUACAUGAAAAAUUGUGAAAUGCCUGAGAUUGAUAAGGGAUGUAAGCCUAGAGAGGACUGGAGGGAAAGUGGCCCAAGGUUUUGAGUACCUCUGGCUUUCCUAGAGACUACAAGCAUCCUUAGCAAAGGAAGUCCAGUGGGGAUGGCCUGAAUCCAUCCAUCUGUCCCAGUUUACACUUCCAGCAAAAACACCAGGGGUGCAGUGAUGGGAGGCUGUCAGUCAGUGGGGACACAUGUGGCUGGGUCAGUGGAGGAACAGUCACAUCCAUGGAGCUGAACUUGUGGCUUAUGCAUGCUCUAGGGCGCGCUGCUGGGCAUGGGGUAAGGCACAGGGUAGCAAACACAAACUGUCAAAGGCAAGCCAGUGGAUGAAGACAACUGACUCUGGUGAGUGAGUGGAGUGUGUGUGUGUGUGUGUGUUUAAUAUGUGUGUGGUAUGUGUGUGUGUGGUAUGGUACAUGUGUGGUGUUGUGUGUGUGUAGUGUGUAUGUGGUAUGUGUACAUGUAUGUGUGUAGGGUGUAUGUGGUAUGUAGGGGGUGGGGAGUGGCAGUGUGUGUUUGUAGUGUGUGUAGUGGUGUGUGUGUGUGUGUCUGUGUGUGUCUGUGUGUGUGUUUACCUUCUACCCUUGAACGUUGGAAGAUGGGAAAGAUGGAGAAAAGAAUUGCACUAACCCAUGAGACAUUGUUUGAGCAUGCCACCUGUGGCAUACCGGAGGAUAGGGUGGUGCUUAUCCAUCCACUCUAUCCAAUCGAAGUCCUAACAAUUUCAGCUAUCUAGAGGUGUCUAGAAGUUCUGGAGUCUGGAUCCCCGGUUCACCUAAACUUCACAGUCUUCUCACCCUGAGAGCCACCACCUAGAUCCAUAUCGGCAGCAUGACCUCUACUCUUGCCUGGCCACGUUGGGGUGAGGAACAGUCCUGUCUAGCAAACCUCUGACACCAGGGACUUUGCAAGAUGCACGAGCCCACUCUACCCUCCAAGCCCGGGCUUUAAGCCCAGGGCGCAAGGAGACAUCCCAACCCAACCAGGAUCCAUGUCAGUGAGGUCCUUUCUGUAGAGGUGCCAGUAAAUGCAGUUGGGGACAGUUGAGCCAAGGGGUCCGGAUCGGAAAGUUGAGGUUCAGACCCCCAAACGGGUCGACGGCUUUGGAAGAAGCUGAGCCGAUCAGGAGGCAGGCAGGCAACAGCAGUGAAAUGAACCUCGUUAUACAGAUGCCUGGGGGAUGGGGAGCCUUGAGGAGGGGGCCCAAGGGGGAGCGUACCCCGCCUCCAGGCACCCUGUCCCGUAGUACAGCUUUAAAAUCCUGAGAAGUUUGUCAUAGGACAGCCUCAUCACGCAUGCGCAUAGGCAAAGUUGACUUUUUUUUUCUCUCCCCCCCCCACCCCCCUUUGCCUCUCCAGCCGUGUUUGGUUCUGCAACUUUAAAAAUAUUUUUUUUUCGCUGAGAACACCAAGGGAAAGAGGAGUCUGGAGAGAGGGAGGGCGAAAGUGAGGGAGCUGGUCAGGAGGGCCGGGGGUGGGGGGCACGCGGUCCCCUCGCUGGGCCAGUCAGUCUGUGGGGCACCGCAUCGCUUGGAAAGUUGCUGCAGGCUCCGAGGCACCGCCUCCGCCGUCCGGAGUCCGGAUUGUGCGGCCGCUGCAUUGCCAUCUCCUUCCGCGGCCUCCGCCGGGCCCCACGACCGCCCCUCGGACCCCGGCCGCGACCGAGGAGGUGGGCAGCCUCGGCCGCCAUGGACCUCUGGAGUUGAGUCGCCACCGCGGAGCUCUGCGCCCUCCGUCCUCUCGCUCUGUUCUCUCUGGAAAGGCGGGGGGGUGGAAAGAAGAAGGUUAACCCGAAGAAAGGAAGAAAGAAAGAAGGGGACCAGAAGGGGGAAGCCAACGUUCCCCCACAGGCUAGCUGUCCAUCAACCGCUCAAGCCACCAAGCGGCAGAAAGUUCAGGGCUGCCUUGAACCCAUUUUCUUUGCGCCUGGUUUUUGCCAGACUCUAAAAUGAAAGGACAAAAUUUGGCGCUGACUCUUGCAGCUCUGAUGGCGACUUGUGCGAUUUCAGCGGCAUCUCCCGGAGAAAAAACCAUGCGUGCCUGAUUGUUCUGUGGUCCCAUAGCCGCCGCCGCUGCUGCUGCUCUGUGUGUGUGUGUGUGUGUCUGUGUGUGUGUGUGAGCGCGUGUCUCUGUGUCUGCGUGUGUGUGCGUUUGUGUGUGUGUAUGUGUGUGUGUUUGGGUGUGUGUCUGUGUGUACACAGAGGUUCACUAGCUAACUCAGCUGCAGGAGCAGUCCCUGGAAGCAGACGUUUCGGCCACAGACCCAGAGAGGAGGAGCUGACAAUCAGGAGGCGUGAGCCGCCUGGAGUCUGCAGAAUUCGUGGUGUGAAUGAACUGGGGGCAUCUUGGGCACAGGGAUUGCCCCCCCUCCUUCCCCGCCUCGGGCCACAGUUGAGUAGUGGGGCAUUUUUUUUCACCUUCUUGUGAAGAAUUUUUUUUAUUAUUUGUUGUAAAGUCUUUUGCACAAUCACGCCCACAUUUGGGGUUGGAAAGCCCUAAUUACCGCCGUCGCUGAUGGACGUUAGAGAGGGAGCGCCUCGCCGCGGAACAGUCGCCUGCGCGCCCUCGUCGGACCCGCGGCUCCUGCACUGUGUCCCCGCUCGGCCCUGCGCUUGCUGCUCGCCCGCGCGCGCCGGCGCCCUCUCGGUUCCUGGGCACAUUUCCACGCUAUACCAACUCCUCUGCCCGAGUCCGGGCGCCAGUGCUCGCUUCCGCUCCGGGUCGCUGCGCCCACCCGACGCGCCCAGGAGGACUCCGCAGCCCUGCUUUGGAUUGUCCCCCAAGGCUUAACCCCGACGCUUCGCUUGAAUUCCUCGGCCGCCUUCGCUCGGGUGGCGACUUCCUCUCCGUGCCCCCUCCCCCUCGCCAUGAAGAUCAGCGCUGCAGCCUGCACCUCUCACCUAGUCCACCCUGAAAGCUUUGAGGUUUCCUUUAUGGGGAAGCAGCAGCAUCGAGAUUCAGCGUCUUUGGCUUCAAGACUCGCAAACGCUUUUCCUUCGCUUCACCCACCCCUGCGCUGCACCUCUUAAAAGCCCGCACCCUCCACUGUACGCCGGGGAACGACAGAUGCUCCGGCUUCUCAGCCUGCUUUCCCAACCCUAUUGGAAAACAUUUGGCUCGUUCUCUGGAUAAUUUUGACCAGAACUUUUAAAAAAAAUCUAUAUAACUCUGUUGCGGGAGUCUCCCGAAAGUUCUCCUUCCACACCGUCUUCUUCGCUUCGAUUUCUCCUAAACUCACCGGGUCGGAUGUUUUACACUCUAGAGUGGAAGUGUUCCUUAGUGAGUUCGCUGUGAGUUCCUUGAAUCGCUCAGAUUUGUGGGGCUGCAACAGACUGGAGAGGAAAGAAAACCGAGGUUUCCAGAAGCCCAUUGGAAUAUUAAGCCCGGGAGUGGCUUUGGGGACCGCUGGAGGUGCCAUGUCUUCCAAGUUCUUCCUAAUGGCUUUGGCCACGUUUUUCUCCUUCGCCCAGGUUGUUAUAGAAGCUAAUUCUUGGUGGUCUCUAGGUAUGAAUAACCCUGUUCAGAUGUCAGAAGUAUAUAUCAUAGGUGCACAGCCUCUCUGCAGCCAACUGGCAGGACUUUCUCAAGGACAGAAGAAACUCUGCCACUUGUAUCAGGACCACAUGCAGUACAUUGGAGAAGGUGCGAAGACAGGCAUCAAGGAAUGCCAGUACCAGUUCCGGCAUCGGAGAUGGAACUGCAGCACAGUGGACAAUACUUCUGUCUUUGGCAGGGUGAUGCAAAUAGGCAGCCGAGAGACGGCCUUCACGUACGCGGUGAGCGCAGCUGGGGUGGUGAACGCCAUGAGCCGAGCAUGCCGGGAGGGCGAGCUGUCUACCUGUGGCUGCAGCCGCGCUGCGCGCCCCAAGGACCUGCCUCGGGACUGGUUGUGGGGCGGCUGCGGAGACAACAUCGACUAUGGCUACCGCUUCGCCAAGGAGUUCGUGGACGCUAGAGAAAGGGAACGAAUCCACGCUAAGGGUUCCUAUGAGAGCGCACGCAUCCUCAUGAACUUACACAACAAUGAAGCAGGCCGUAGGACAGUAUACAACCUGGCAGAUGUAGCCUGUAAGUGUCAUGGAGUGUCUGGCUCCUGUAGCCUCAAGACGUGCUGGCUGCAGCUGGCGGACUUCCGGAAGGUGGGCGAUGCCCUCAAGGAGAAGUAUGAUAGCGCGGCGGCCAUGAGGCUCAACAGCCGGGGCAAGCUGGUGCAGGUCAACAGCCGCUUCAACUCCCCGACCACGCAGGACCUGGUCUACAUCGACCCCAGUCCGGACUACUGUGUGCGCAACGAGAGCACUGGCUCGCUGGGCACGCAGGGACGCCUGUGCAACAAGACCUCAGAGGGGAUGGACGGCUGCGAGCUCAUGUGCUGUGGGCGUGGCUAUGACCAGUUUAAGACAGUGCAGACCGAACGCUGUCAUUGCAAGUUUCACUGGUGCUGCUAUGUCAAAUGCAAGAAGUGCACGGAGAUUGUGGAUCAGUUCGUGUGCAAAUAGUGGUGUGCCUGCCCUUCACCCAGUCCCACUCCCAGGACCCACUUAUUUAUAGAAAGUACAGUGCUUCUGGUUCUUUUUAUUUCUCCCCCAAGAAUUGCAGCUGGAACCAUGUGUUUUGUUUUGUUUUAUUUUGUUUUUUCUUUUCUGUUACCAUCUAAGAACUCUGUGGUUUAUUAUUAAUAUUAUAAUUAAUAUUUGGCAAUAGUGGGGGAAACUAAGAAAAAUAUUUAUUUUGAGGAUCUUUGCAAAGUUAGUACAAAAUUUCUUUCUUCUGAUGCUACAGGAUAAAGGGGAAAAACUAUGUAUUCGAACUUAGCUGUGCAGUUGGGGGUUCACAUCUAGAAGGUGUAGGAGCCAUUUUCUUCUCAAACAGAGAGUCCUUUGAGAUGGGUGGUAUCCAGGUGAAGGAGGAGGUACAGACCCAUGAAUAACAGUUCCUGUGACCAAAAUGAAUUGCAGGUGCUCUGGUACAAAAGAUCUUAAAUAUAGAUAUAUUAAAUAUACAUAUAUGCCAAAAAUACAGAAUAUGAGACACUCCCUAACCCAGAGGUUACCAGCCUGGUUUUGUGGGUUUUUUGUUUUGUUUUGUUUUUUCUUUUUUUGGGUUUUGUUUGUUUGUUUGUUUGUUUGUAUUUUUGGUGUGUGUGUGUGUGUAUUUCUAGAAUGAUCUUUUAGAAGGUACAAGCAAGAAUCUCAUAUCUUCAGAAGCAGGCAUAUCAUGUAUGUUACUGUGUCCCACCUACAGAUACUCCAUUCAUGAAUGGGCCUUUUUCUAACAGUUCAUGAAUAUUGGGGAGCCGGUGGGCUGGGGGAGGGAGGUCCCCAGAAAUUAGAAAACUUGAAGUUUCCUACAUUGAGGCCAUAAUCUUGUGUUAGCCCAGCUGAUUCUUAAUACCAGACUUUUAGAUCCAUAAAGGAAUUUUUGACUAAAAAAAAAAAAUCUUGUUUUGAAAGCCAUCUUAUUUUCUUAAAAAUGAAAAAUUACCCAUGAAUCCCAUUUGCAACCCCUCACCCCCACAGGCAACAAGAAAGUCCCAUGUAGUUGAGCACUGCGAACACCUCUGUGAGGAGAUGAUGGCAGCCAUCUUCCUGCAUGAUCCCAUGCCCUUUCUGGACUCUCUGCUGGCCAUGCUUCCGAAUGGCAGCCCUGGUGGACACUCACUGCUGGUAGGGCAGAAAAUGUACACGAGGAGCCAUGUUCAGAACCAGCCACUUAGGGGUUGUUCUCUGAGGCUUUUCUUUGGAGGUACGGUAACUUGAUGUGUUUUGAUGAUAUCUCUUGGCCCAGGGAGUCCACAGAGGUGUUGCAGCUGUUUGGUUGUUAUCCUCCUGCGUUUAGACUUUCCAUUUGUGCUUUUCCUAUUACCCUGCAGGUGUACCCUAAAACUGUUCCUAGUGUACUUGAACAGUUGCAUUUAUAAGGGGGGAUGUGGUUUAAUGGUGCCUGAUAUCUCAGUUUUUUUGUAUAUAACAUAUAUAUAAAUAUACAUAUAUAAAUAUAGAUAUAAUUAUAUCUCAGUGCAGUCUGGGAUUUAGACCUACAGUUUUCUCUGGGCUUGCUCUCUGCCUGGAGUAUCGUCCUUCAUUGCAGUCCAAUUGGGAUUUCUUUUUUUCCAAAAAUUUUGAGUCUUAACAUUGACCUGUGACAGGAUCCUACCACGAAUACCAGGAAGCAAGCUAAGACUCGGAGGAAGCUCUCAGGGCUCAUGUCCUGAAUGUAUGUUGGUUAGAAAGUAGCCUUUCUGCUUCCUGCCCAUGGCCAGUUCUCCACCCUCUCUUUGGUGUUCUUUGUGGGGAGGGCACUGUGGUUUGUCGCAGCCCUGGACUUCGAGAGGCUCCCAGAACCCAGGAUCACCAGCCUCCUGUCUGUUUGCUUCACUCCUUUCCCAGGGAGGACUUGGGACUGUCCUGUCUGACAGGACGGAUCUGAGUUCCCGAAGCAAACCAGCUCACCACAUAGAUAGCUAGUUUAAACAAUGUUUUAAAAUAAGGGCACCUCUGUUUCAAAAGUGACAUCUGCUGUGUUGUUUUCGAGGCCUGAUACUCUUACAAGGUUUGAAAAAAAAUGUGUGUAUCCAUUCAUGGGCUUGGUAGCCUUCUGGUCACCUCAGUCCUGUGGCUCUUAACUUAUUGCCCAACAAUAUUCAUUUCCCCUCAGCUACAAUGAAUUGCAAGCAAAA